AUGUCUCAUCUACAUCAUCAGCACUAUUAUCAUGCCGCAACAAUCGCCGUAUCAGAUUGACAUCCCAGCAACUGACAUACUGUCCUAUGUCUAUCCUGAAGGAAAAGCACCGUACGAGAAACCGAUAUGGAUAGAUGCCGCAAACCCGGAGAGGUCCUUGUCGCCAAAGCAAGCCUUGGCCUGGAUUAAAAGACUCGGUCUUGGACUUGAUCAUCUCAACAUCGGCCGCAACGAUGUAGUAAUGAUGUUUUCUACCAACCAUAUAUUCUGUCCAGUUGCCUACCUAGGAGUCGCGGGCAGUGGUAGGGUAUUCAGCGGUUGCAAUCCAGCUUACACUGUCAAGGAAAUCGCAUUCCAGAUCACAAACACAGGAGCUAAACUCAUUCUGGUGGAUCCCAGUCUUCUGGACAAUGCCUUGAAGGCUGCAGAGCAAGUCGGAUUUCCUCAUGACAAGAUCUUCCUCUUCUUGGAUGAGCCAUGUGAGACGCAGAGAGGAAUCAGAGACUGGAGCUCUUUCCUUGCAACAGAAGAAGCUGCAGAGAGCUGGCAGUGGCAUCAAAUGUCGGCUGAUGAAUCAAAAUCCAACACGGCAGUUUUGAACUAUUCUUCGGGCACCACCGGUCUACCCAAGGGAGUAAAAAUAUCGCACCAGAACAUCAUCGCGAAUGUCUGCCAAUCUCUAUACAUGAGGGAGCUCGAGCAGUCUUACCCCUCAGGUCAGAAACCACCUGAAAGGUUUUUGGGGUUCUUACCACUUUAUCAUGCUUAUGGACAGCUGUGGAGUAUCACGGCCGCUGCCAUCACCCAAACACCGUGUUAUUACAUGCGAGUGUUCAACUUCGAACCUUUCCUGUCGCAUAUUCAACGUCACCGGAUUACCCACAUCCAGACCGCACCUCCGGUUUUGGUCAUGUUGGCCAAGCGACCGGAGACCGAAAAGUAUGAUUUAUCAUCCUUGAUAAAUAUUUUGUGUGGUGCCGCACCCCUCAGUAAAGAGCUGCAGAACGAAGUCAGUACGAAGUUCAACCUCAAGGUUGUUCAGACUUGGGGCAUGACUGAGGUCACUUGCUCAUGUUUACACGUUCCUGGCGGGCUGGAUGAUCGCAGUGGAAGUGUAGGUCAAGUCGACCCCGGCGCGGAGAUCAAGCUUAUCGACGACAACGGAAACGAAGUCACACAGCCAGGCCAACGUGGAGAGAUAUUCGUAAAAGGGAAAAAUAUCUGCUUAGGGUAUUGGAAAAAUGAGAGCGCUACCAAGGCUACCUUCGACAGCGACGGUUUUCUCAAGACCGGUGAUGUUGCAAUUUUCGACGAAAAGGGCUGGUUUUGGAUUGUUGAUCGUGCGAAGGAGAUCUUCAAGGUCAAUGGAUUCCAAGUUGCUCCGGCCGAACUUGAAGCAGUACUGCUAGAGAAUGACGACGUUGCUGAUGCUGCUGUCUGCGCAUUGAACAGAGAUCACGAAGACUAUCCUAGAGCGUACGUCGUGCUUAAGGAGCAGGCUAAAGGGAAGGUGACCGAGAAGGACGUGGUGGAGUGGAUGGCUUCAAAGGUCGCGAAGCACAAGAGACUCUCAGGGGGUGUCAAGUUCAUUGAUGAAGUCCCGAAGAGCCCGAGCGGCAAAAUCCAACGAGUCACGCUACGUGAAUGGGCUAAGAGGGAUGCGGAUCAGGUCACGGAAAUCAAGGCUAGACUGUAGAGAUGUAAAAUGAUGUAAGAAUG